UGGCAAGGGAGGGGGUGGACCGGGCAGGUCAACAGGCAACAUAGGAUCGCCAGAAAGGACCCCAAUGCCAAGGCAACUUAAUUGUUCCUCAUAAUGUCUGCUGCUCUCCAAGAAGAUCUCUGCAAUCAUGUGAAGGUAGUGAUCCGUGUCCGUCCAGAGAGUCAAAAAGAAAGAGAUGGCAACUUCAGGAAAGUGCUUCAGGUGGUCGACAAGCACAUCUUGGUUUUUGAUCCAAAGGUGGAGGAAGUCUGUUUUUUUCAUGGAAAGAAACUCCCAUACCGGGAUCUUAACAAAAAGUUAAACAAAGACCUCAAAUUUGUGUUUGAUGCUGUAUUUGAUGAAAAUUGUUCACAGUUGGAGGUCUUUGAACACACUACCAAAACAGUGCUGGAUGGCUUUUUAAAUGGAUAUAACUGCACAGUACUUGCAUAUGGUGCAACUGGAGCAGGAAAGACUCAUACAAUGCUCGGGUCACCUGAAGAUCCCGGGGUAAUGUAUCUGACCAUGAUGGAGCUGUACAACUCCAUGGAUAGGAUGAAAGAGGAGAAGCAUUGUGCUAUUGCUGUUUCAUACCUUGAGGUCUACAAUGAGCAGAUACGUGACUUACUAGUAAAUUCAGGGCCACUGGCUGUUCGUGAAGAUCCUCAAAAAGGAGUAUUGGUUCAUGGGUUAACUUUACAUCAGCCGAAAUCUGCCGAGGAGAUCUUGCAAAUGUUGGAUUAUGGAAACAGAAACAGAACACAACAUCCUACUGAUGUGAAUGCUUCCUCAUCUCGGUCUCAUGCUGUCUUUCAGAUCUAUUUGAGGCAACAAGAUAAGACAGCCAGUAUCAAUCAAAAUGUCCGCAUUGCCAAACUGUCUCUCAUUGACCUGGCAGGAUCUGAACGUGCUUGUGCCACCAAUGGUAAAGGUGCUCGCUUUAGAGAAGGGGCAAAUAUUAACCGGUCACUACUAGCUCUUGGCAAUGUCAUAAAUGCUCUGGCAGACCCAAAGAGUAAGAAACAGCACAUCCCUUAUCGGAACAGCAAGCUUACUCGGUUACUGAAGGAUUCUCUUGGAGGAAAUUGUCGCACCAUAAUUAUAGCUGCUGUUAGUCCUUCUUCUAUGUUCUAUGAUGACACAUAUAACACACUUAAGUAUGCCAACCGAGCUAAGGACAUUAAAUCCUCUCUGAAGAGCAACAUUGUGAGUCUGGACAGUCAUAUAAGUCAGUAUGCCAAGAUUUGUGAAGAACAAAAGAAAGAGAUUAUAAUGCUGAAAGAGAAACUGAGAAUCUAUGAGUUGGAAAAAGCAUCUAUUCCUGAGAAUCAGGACAGAAGUCAGCAACAACUGGAGAUAAACAGGUUUAGGCAAAUUUUGAAAUGUCUGUUCACAAAUCGAGAGGAAAUCAGGAAAGAAUGCCUCAAACUGGAACUGCGAUUAAAAGAAAAUGCCUUAAAAGCUCAUUACCAAAAGCAGUGCCAUGAACAAAUUGAAAUUAUGUGUUCUUCAGAGAAAGUGGAUAAGGCAACUGAUAAACGAGAUCACCGGCUUGCUUUACUUAAAGUGCGACGUUUGCAAAUGGAGCAAAAAAAAGAGGAGGAACUGAAACACUUUGAAGAGAACACUAGUUGGUUGCAUCGGCUGGAAAAUGAAAUGCGCCUCCUAGGACAAGACGGCCAUAUUCCUCAAGAGCUCUCCAAAGAUCUUCAGUGCUGUAAUCUGAAAAUGGAAGUUAAAGAUUUGAAAACUCAAAUUGAAUACAUGAGAAUUUUAGCUUCCUUCCAGGAGCAGCAGCAUAAACAGACAGAAAAGAUACUGAGUGCUUCACUUGCAGUUUUAAGAAAGCAGUACAUAGCUUUGAAAAAUGCAGGGUUAACAAAUGGUGUCCUCUUGGAUGACUUCAAGGAGCUUGAACAGCUGAUUCAGAGAGAGAAAGCUGUAGUUUGGGCUGACCAGAUGGUUAAAGAAGAACCAAAACAAAAUGUUCAUCCUCUGAUGUCUGCUAUCAUGGCAUUUCCACAGCUUGAGCGCAAUCAACGUACUCCUUGCCGUACACCUUCAGGUAUGUCAUCAGAAAAAGUCAAAACAAAUGUUCAACAUGAGAUACAGCACAAAAUGCCUCCUCAGAAAAGAACAAGGCGGAAAUUGAUGGAUUCUCCCCUGAUGGCACAAAGUCCUGAACAUUGCAGUCAGUCAAGUCCUAAUCACUUGGUGGAUUCCCUUAGCAAGGCACUUCGACCAAUUGUAUAUACACCUGAGAUUUGCAAGAUGCCAAAAGAGGACCUGUAUUCUGAGACUGUGGUAAAGCAAGCAUUUCAUACUGCAAACCUUCAAGAAAGAAGUAGUUGUACAGUACAAAUCCAGGUACCAUUAAAAGAGGAGAGCCAUAAGGAUAUUGCAUGCAACGUGAGUCCAGAGUGCCACAUGAACUCCACAGUUACUCUUUAUGAAAGUAACAUAGGAAAUUUAGAUGAACCCUCUUCUGAAGAACAGGAAAGCAAGUCACAUUCAACCAAUACAGCCAGAAAUGUUUUAGAAAGACUUGGCCUUCCUUCCUUGUUAAAUAGACACCCAGGUCCUAUACAUGAGAGACCAUCUUACAUGGCAAUGACGUCUGCUGCUGAGAGAAAAAGAAAAUUGUUAAAUUCGGUAUCAAACAGUGGGUUAACAAAUCAGCAAGAUCAAGUAGCCGCAAAGCGUGUUAAACAAGACCACUUAGUAACUGCUAAACCUUUGAGGAUAUCUAAAACAGGAAUUAGAACAAGAAGUUGGAAGCAACAUGAUAUGCUGAGAAAACAUCUAAAAAGUGAUUCCAAGGAAAAUACAGCAGUGAACAUGAAACUGAGAAUGUCAAAAAAUAUUGUGAAUGACACUUCUACACUGAAAUAAGACCAUGCUUUGCACAGACUUAAUUUAUUAACAGUAAGGGAGAAAGAAAGUUUGUUUUCUCUACUAUGGUUUUUUUCUGUUGUCUGUGGUGGUACUUUGCGUAAUAAUGUAUGCUACUGGAAUGUUACUUCAGUUUUAAUUUACAAAGAACAAUAAUUUUAAUGUACACAUCUGAUCAGUAGUUUGAUGUUCAUCGUCUCUGUAUAUGUCAUUGAGAACUUCACUUUGUCAUCUCUGUUUUUCAAUAUAAACUGCUAAGAUAUUUUGUAAAAAGACUGUCAAAAACAUAGUUUUUGUUUUGGGAUUUUGAAGUUGCUAACGUAUGGAUUGUUCAUUGGGAUCAUUUUUUAUUAUAUUUUAAGAAGUUUAUGAUCUAUCUUCUCUCAUGCAUCUGUCUUUGUGGGAUAGGAAUGCCAUAGAGGUGUGUUUGAACUUCUCCCGCCCCUCACCUGUAGAUAGAUCAUACAUAGCAUACUGUGGGUCAUGAGAGCCGAAGGGACAUUAGAUACUUCUUUGAAAGUUGGGAAUGACUUCAGCCAAUAGACCAUGAAGAACCUUUCACCUUUAAUUGCCAGUGUUCUUGGUCUUAUGCCAAGCCGAGUGCAGAAAGAGUGGAAAGAAUUAAUAAUGCCAUGUGAGAAACAUGCUCAAGUAGUAAUAGAUCAUGUCCAUUGACUUCAUGACUAUGUAGGUGUUCCUGACUGAAAUGCCUGUGCUUAUCAGCCUUUCUAUUUUCAACUAAAAUGAUAUUGUUCAUUUGUCCUUUUCUGUAUUUCUUAUAUACCACUAAAAUAUGAAAGCAAAUUCAUUGGAAGUAUUUUUAACUGAAUACAGGAGUUUAGUUUUAAAAGUUUGUACUUAGUUUCCUGAACAACUUGAAUGUAAAAAUGUCUUGUUAUCUAGCAUAUAGUCUUUCUACAUUGGUGUGUGUGUGUUAGUAUUAAACAGAACCGUUAUACCAUUUGUGAAUAAAGUUUUAUUAGUUGUAA